AUGGACCUCCUUGUUCAGGAUAACCUCCAUUCCUACGGGGCCCUCAUAUUGCCUGACGAACUCAACGACCCGCCUAGCGCUCGCGAUGUUGUAACUGCUUCCCGCCUUGCCCAGACGGCGUUGCAAAAUAAAUUAGAGGGCUACCCUGCUGGAACGGCAAACCAGGUUAAUGAUGAGGCCUUCAUGGCUUGUGCCCAAUAUGAGCACACGGUCAUUGCACGCUCAAUGGCACACAAUGCGGAUGCAGCCCCCGCCUGGUUCAUUCAUUGGAGUAACACGACCUUCAACCCGGCGCUAACACGCAUCGCCGAUGAUAUUCGGGACAUCCAAGUCAGCCUGACAAACCUCACCUCCAAUGUUUACAAAGACCAUAAUAGACUCCUUCCCGUUGGGGGUACAUUCAGAGAGAUACCUUUUACUACAGGAUUACGGCCUUGGGAUCGCCAGGUCCAGCUUCAAGGCAAUCAAGUCAUCCUCCCGCCGCUCAGAUCCCGAGAUGACGUACUCGCACUGACCAUGAUGGAAGCCAAUGCGUAUCUCCUUGGGUACUACCCAAACGACCCCCUGAUUGGUACCCUGCUGCAACGCCAGGAGAAAGUUAUGCUUGCCAUUGGAUCUUCCGCAAUUCAGACUCAAGAGAUUGAGCAGCAGUCCGUCGAUAAUACUUGGGCCGGCCACCCAGCAUUUUAG